CAACAACAUCUCAGAACCCACCAGCUCAAGAGCAUAUCAUGGCAGAUUCUCAGUCCCGCAAACGCUCGAGGUCUGUCGAUGGCGCAAAAUCCGACAGCGAGUCCUCUGACGAUGACUUUGGACCGGCACUGCCGUCCUCGGUUCCCCCGAAAAAGAAACGCAAGCUCCCAUAUGAAUCUCUGUACGUGGAUGCCUUGCCGAAAGGCGUGAGGUAUUCCAAAUCAUUGAUGCACAAGGAUCAGUUGCUGGCCGUGACAAUUGCUCCGUCGCCGGCUGAUUUCGUCAUCACCACGUCAGUCGAUGGCGUCGUCAAAUUCUGGAAGAAAGUUGCGGUCGGGAUCGAGUUCGCCAAAGAGUACCGGGCACAUGAAGGACGCAUAGUGAGCUCCUCGGUCAGUGUAGACGGAGCUUUCUUCGCCACAGCUGGCGACGACGACGACAGUACCAUCAAGAUUUUCGACGUCAUUACCUUCGAUCUACUGUCAAUUUUGAACCUGGAGAGCCCAGCUUCUUGUAUAUGUUGGGUACAUCGGAGAGGAGCUUCGCCGAUAUUAGCUGUCGCUAGAGGCAAAGAGAUACAUAUCUACGAUGAUCCCGGCAACUCACAGACUCCUGUGAACACUUUGUCUUCUCUUCACAGAGCCCCCGUGGUGGCUAUGGCGUACAACCCAGCCUUUGACUGCGUCGUGUCAGCCGACUCAACCGGCAUGAUUGAAUAUUGGCAACCAGGCGACAAUUACGAAAAGCCGGACAGCGUCUUCAAGAUGAAAUCAACGACGAAUCUGUUCGACUUCAAAAAGGCCAAGUCCGCCCCUUGCUGUAUCACAAUUUCGCCGUCGGGCCAUCAGUUUGCCACGAUAUCAUUUCCGGAUCGGAAGAUUAGGGUUUUCGACUUUGCUUCCGGCAAACUCUACCGGUCAUACGAUGAAUCGUUGGAGACAAUAACCUCGAUGCAACAAGCAGGGACUGCGCUUCAGAAGCUCGAUGAGGUUGAAUUUGGACGAAGGAUGGCAGUUGAGCGCGAACUCGAUAAUCCGGUUGUCAGGUCAAGAAUCAACAUCGCUUUUGACGAAUCGGGCCAUUUCAUUGCGUACGGAUCACUCUUGGGCAUCAAAGUGAUCAACACUCUCACCAAUCGAGUGAUGAAGGCGUAUGGCAAGGACGAGCCAUUUCGAGCUUUGAACGUGGCUUUGUACCAGGGAGCUCCUCAGAAGAAAGAAGUGGUGACGGUGUCGAUGGCUGCCAGUGCCAAUCCCCUGCUGAACGAAGCCGAGGCUCGAGACCCCAUGCUGUUUGCGACCGCAUAUGGCAAAGUCCGGUUUUACAUGUUCACCAACGACGAAGAAAUUAGUAAAUCGACUCGCGAUGUGCAGAACGAGAAGCCUCGAGUCAUUUCCGGAAAGAAGCAGGAAGAAAAGAAGGCCCAAUCAGGCACAUCUGCCGUCCUGCAUACCACCUAUGGCGACAUCCAUAUCAGAUUGUUUCCGGACAAGGCCCCAAAGGCGGUGGAAAACUUUGUCACCCACGCGAGGAACGGCUACUACAACAACACCAUCUUCCACCGGGUGAUCAGGAAAUUUAUGAUACAAGGCGGAGAUCCACUUGGCGAUGGCACCGGCGGCGAGAGCAUCUGGGGAAAGGAGUUCGAGGACGAAUUUUCCGAUCUCAAGCACGACAAGCCAUAUACCGUGAGUAUGGCAAAUGCUGGGCCCAAUACAAAUGGGUCACAAUUCUUCAUCACCACGGAGAAGACACCAUGGCUGGACAAUAAGCACACCAUAUUUGGACGGGCGUACAAAGGGUUGGAUGUGAUCCAUCAAAUUGAAAACACAAAGGUGCGCAAGGAGAAGCCAGAAGAGGACAUUAAAAUAGUCAACAUCUCCAUCAGUUGAGGACGGCAGUGAAUCCAAUGUGAAUAUAAAGUGAAGUCAGCCCUUAGCUUGACCAGAUAAUGCGUAGCAGAGGAGGACUAUUGUGGACCAUGUAUCGAAGAAAUG